AUGUCCUCAGAAGUGCUUACGACGAAGCUCACGAUUAAUGCUACGAUUGCAUCAUGUAUCGCCUUUACGCCAGGCCAACUUCCGAUAGAAAUCGUCGAGGACAUCGUUGCCGAGGCCUGGAAGUCAGCCUCUAGCGCGAAUGAGCGCCAGCACCUCUACUCCUCACUCAAACAAGCGGACCCUACUCUUGGGGAUGUCAUUGGCCGAGUCGCGAUACGCUAUGUUACCCUCGCAAUGCCACUAUAUUCCACAGAGCCAUCGGAUCAUACCCUGUACUCCGAUAUCGUCCGCGAAGUGGAACACACGCAACCGGUCGACGGUCCGCCCGACCAUGCUCCCAGUACCGCCGAUCAGCACUUUAGAGCGUCCCAUCUACGUCUAGAUAUGACAGAUGUACGUGGAGGCACGACAACCGAUUGCGGCAUCCGUGUGUUCGAAGAUCGCGGUGGACCGCUCUACUCGAUCCUAAACUCUGUCUCGUCCAUCACCCUCGCCUCCCUACUUCCCAUCCCAGAACGAGACAUUCGCCGGCUCGUAGGAGACAGCUUUAUCCUGGGCACGCUGCGAGAAAUGGAGAUUGUUUUCGGCCUGCUCGCCGACCUUCCCCGCCUCACAUCCCUCUACCUUGAAUACGACGUCGGCGUCCACAGCGCCCGCCUCGGCAAAGGCCCAAUGCCCCCCAUCGCGUUCACGGCCCUCACGUUCCUGCGCACCCGUACGUGCCCGUGCUGCGGCCUCCCGCCCCACACGUACAACGCGCCGUACGACGGGAGCCGCGGGCACGCAGCCGAGUGCGCGCGGGGAGCGUUCGCGCGCAUGUUCCCGCGCCUCCGCGAGCUGUGGCUCGACGCGCCGCUGUUCCUGCGGUACCUCGUCGUGCCGCCGUCGCUGGAGAGCAUUACGCUCGACGCGCCGCCGCCGGCGAAGCUGUUUUGCUCGAUUCAGACGUACAACGUGGCGGCGGGCUUGCGGCGCUGGAUGGAACCUCGGCAGGAUGCCGCAAGUGGUGAGGCCGCGAGGAUGCGGCUGGAGAAGAUUGUCGUUCGUACCGGAGGAGUAGAGCCGAUUGGGUGGCGGCAGGCUCAGGAGGCUUGUGACAAGUACGGUGUCGCGUUCGUCAGAGAGGUUCAUUACGUGUAGGUUGGGGCCGGCAUACAUCGUGUACGAAAGGAGUCAGACUGCUCUCUGCAUUACGGCUCACCUUUCUAGUUUGCACAGGUAUGUGAGCAAAUCCUCUUCAUC